AUGCCUGAAGUCGAGCAUAUCGUUCUCUGGCCUUUUAAGGAUGCAUCCGACUUGGUGCUCGCUGCGCAAGCCAUCAAGUCCGUUGCAGCGAAAGCUCUUCACAAUGGCGAGCCUUACAUUCUGUCCAUCAAAUGUGGUACAACCAGACCAUGCCUGCCGGUCAGAAGUCAUGGCUUCAAUCUUGCCUCAAUCGUGCAAUUCAGGUGCGAGGAGGAUCGGAGAUAUUUUGUUCAAGAAGAUCCAGCACAUAAGGAACUGAUCCAGCUUACUAAGGACAAACUUGCUUCCGGAAUCUUGGUUUUAGAUUUCAUCGAUGAUGGUAUAGAUAAGGUGCCAAUCGCCGAAUGUUGA